AAAAUCGAAUAUGAGUGCAUUCGAGGUUAAGGUGACACCAACGCGAUGUAAAAACAAACGAUUGGCUGAAUCUCGCGAACCCACUGAAGUGGUAAUGGCGCCAUUUUCCGGCAAAUCCAUUGUUCUCUUCGAAGGUGUUCCCGUUACAAAAACGGCAAGAAGAAUUCUGCGCAUAAUAAAUCCAUCUGAGACUGAUAUUGAGGUUAGCGUUAACAAACCAAUCAAUCCUGAACACAAUGUAACCCUUGAAUGGACAGAAAACUCUGUGCCGGCACAGAGCGAAAUUAUAAUGGAAAUGGUAUGGUCGCCACAAACUGAUGUGUCAUGCAAGGAAACUUUACAAUUAAUCGAUGAUAGGAAUUUUCGUAAAGACGUCAUGGUUAUUCUAAAAUCGGUACCAAAUAAACCAGCCAAGAAUGUGCGUAAAUUCCCUACAAUAUCAUCGAGCAAUGCUACACAUGUGAAAACACUGCGCCUCAAAUCGCCCACAAGUGCUUCUGGCAAAGUUAACAGAUUAACACAGCAACAACAGCAUCAGCAGUUGCAAAAGAAGCGAUUGUCAACGGCAAUUGAGAAUAACAGUAGCAAAUCCCAAGGUGUGGGGAAAAGCGAAACAAAGCCGCCACCACCAACCCAUUCACAACAAUUAUCUUCAUCGUCGUCGUAUAAAAACAUUACCACGAAUCAUAAAGGUAACGGAAUUAGCAAUAAGCUAGCAUCAAUGCCGCCAACGCGAGAUAAUGCGACGACAUUGAAAGCCAACAAUAUUCAGUCUCAUACAUCACCUUUAAUGGAACGCAAUAUUUAUUCAAAUGAAAAUGCUGAUCACAUGAAGGUGGCAGCAAAUCUUUCGCCACAUUUCCUCCAUGACAACAAGGAUGCAUUGAAGGAGAAUGUUAGCCCCAUGGCUAUGUCUAAUGUUUUGGAUAUGAUUGAUGAACUGAAAUUUACACCGGCUACUGUAACGCUGUCCAAACCUCCACAAUCGCGAUUGGAGAGCUUAGCCUCAUUGCCCACUCCAAUGGCAGCCGUGCCAAUUAUUCAUACCCCGGAUCAUACAGACCAUGCCCGAGAAUUGAAGCCGAGAUGUUUAAAUAUAGAAUUGGAUGAAGAUGAACAGGGUGUAGCGUCCAACGAAGAUUUACACAAUGACACCAAAGGUGUUUCCAUUGUCAUUACCAAUAAAACAUUUGAUGUCAAACAUUGUGAGAGUUUGGACAGUUCCGCAGAUAAUUUGAAUAGUUCAGUUGAUGUCAAUUGUAGGCAUAGUACGGGAACUGGUUUGCCUCUAAACAAAACAACCGUCAUUAGUACAACACCCGUGGCAAGACCCUUAGAUAUGAUAAAAGAAGAAGAAAAUACAAGUCCUCCCAAUGCUACGAAUGUCACAACACCGUCGGGUCAACCCGUGGAGACACCCAAAGCAUCCACAGAAGAAGAUCUGAAACGUGAUAUUAAACUAGUGGGUACACCAUUGCGCAAAUAUUCGGAAUCCAUGAAGGAUUUAUAUCAAAAAUCACCACAAUCUGCAGUGUUGACGCAGGGGUCUUUGCCAAAUCUCAAUGAGAUGGAGACGAUUAAGUCAUUCGAACAAAAUCGUUAUUUUCAACAGGCCACUUCCCAGGUCAAACUUAGCAAUCCUAAAGUAAAUGGAAGUGCUUCUAAUGCUGACAAUAAACCUGUGGAAUCUGCCCAUGAUACGUCCAUUGAUGUGUUAAAUGCCAGUCAGACUAGUUUAAUAUCUCACCCCGAUGUAAUGUUCAAUCAUAAUGAAAUUCUUGCUCAAUCCAGUCGCUUCAAUUUAAAUGAAGUCGGUUUAAGAUGCCGUAAAAGUAGUCCUGUUGUUAAUAAAACGAAAAACACAAAUUCUCGGACUAAAACUAACACCCCACCUUCGGCAACAAAAACCGCAAAACCAAAACUGCAAACUGUAACAGAAUCCAAUGGCCAUAAAAGAAGAUCCACCGAAUUAUCGUUUUCUGAUUCCCAAAGUGUCGAGUCGGUCAUCAGUACAUGUAGUGCAAAGACAAGUUCCACAAAAUCGAGUUAUUCUACAGUAUCACCACCUAAACGACAGAAGCUUGAUAAUCGUUCUCCUUCCAAUGCUGCAAUGGCAAAGGUGAAGUCAUGGUCUCAGACACAACCUAAAAAAUUCAAAUUGGCCAAAACAUUGUCGUUGGUUAAGAAACCUGUCACGCCUCGUAAAAUGAAGGAGGAACCACGCACACGAUUAUAUGAUUCAGAAUUAUUUUUACAGCCAUACAUUAAUCCAGAUCCAUUUGCGGCAACCACAACAUGUGAUCCGUUUUUGGCGUCGACCAUGUACUUAGACGAAGCUGCCGUGGAUAGACAUCAAACUGAUUUCAAAAAAUGGCUUAAUGCUUUGGUCACAAUGCCAGCAGAAUUGGAUACGGAUUCGAAUGCCAAAAUCGAUGUGGGUAAAUUGUUUAAUGAAGUUCGCCAUAAGGAUUUAAUAUUGGCACCCACGAAAGAGGAACAAUCGAUGACAUAUCUAACAAACUUCCGAUUGGAGUCGUUACGUAAAGCAGCCGUUCAGCUAUUCCUUAGCGAGGAGAUGCGCGGCCCAUGCUCCAAAGUUGCCGUCUAUGUCCAGAAGAAUGCUUUGCGCAUACGUAGCGAUCGUAAUUUGCAUUUAGAUGUUGUAACACAACGGGAAAUUUUGGAAUUGCUUUUGUGUUUCAAUCCACUGUGGUUACGUUUGGGUUUGGAAGUUGUAUAUGGUGAAAAAAUUCACCUUCAAUCGAAUCGGGAUAUUGUUGGAUUGAGUACAUUCAUAUUGAAUAGAUUUUUCCGCGACAAAUUCCUGGAACAAAAAUACUCUAAAGCCUAUACCCUUUCCGAAGAAUAUGCUGAACAUAUUAAAAAGUUCACACUACAGAAAUUCUUUUUCUUAAUGCUAUUUUUGGAUAAGGCAAAGGAGAAACGUAUUAUUACCCAUAAUCCGUGCCUUUUCAUUAAGAAAUCUCCACACAAAGAAACACGAGAAAUUCUACUACGUUUUUCAUGUGAACUAUUGGCCAAUGUGGGUGACAUUACCAGAGAUCUAAAACGUUUGGGUUAUGUUCUGACGCAUAAACAAAACUAUUUGGAUGAAUUUGAUUAUGCUUUCCAUAAUUUGGCCGUCGAUUUACGUGAUGGCAUACGACUGACAAGAGUAAUGGAAAUCAUAUUAUUGCGAGAUGAUCUGACGAAGCAGCUGAGAGUACCAGCCAUAUCCCGUCUACAGAGAAUCUUCAAUGUUAAUUUGGGUUUGAAGGCAUUGAGUGAAGCCGAUUUCCAAUUAAAGGGUGAAAUAAGUGCAAACGAUAUUGUUGAUGGCCAUAGGGAGAAGACUCUAUCUUUACUUUGGCAAAUCAUUUACAAAUUCCGAUCGCCCAAAUUCCAUGCUGCCGCUAGGGUAAUACAACAAUGGUGGCGUAACUCUUGGUUGAAAGUUGUCAUUACAAGGCGUAUUCGACGCAAGGAGGAGUUGCGCAGAGAGGCAGCUGCCACCACAAUACAGAAAGUAUAUCGUGCUUUUGUGACUCGACGAAUGGUCGAGGCCUAUAGACAGGAGCGUACAAGGGCUGUCGUGGUAUUACAGAAACACUGUCGUCGUUAUUUAGCGCGUAAACGAUUCAUUACGACUGUCCAGUGUAUAGUUAUUAUACAAACUUGGUAUAAAGCCAUACGGCUGGGUAAAAUGGAACGUGAGAAUUAUCAGAAGUUACGUCAAAGUGCAAUAUGCCUACAACGUCAUUGGCGUUUGAAACGAGAAGCUAAAGCUUUAAGAGAACAGGCAGCUUUAGAAAAAUGUAAAUAUCAUCAAGAAAGAAAAGCGGCAGCCUGUCGUAUACAAGCAGUAUGGCGUGGUCAUAUGGCACGUCAAUGCUAUACCAGAACAAUUUCUGCAGUUUUGCUAAUACAGAGGAUGUAUCGGAGCCGUAAUCUUAUGAAACAGCAGUUUUUCGAAUAUCAACAACUGAGAACAAUGGUCAUUUUUGUACAAAGAAAAUUCCGUGCCAACAGAGAAAUGCAAACGAAGAGAGAACAAUAUCAAAAGUUAAGGACUAGCGUCAUCCGAAUACAGCGUUAUUAUCGGGCCACAGUUCUAAUGCGUCAACAACGCAAACAAUAUCUGAAUAUUCGGCAAAAAAUUAUUAUCAUUCAAAGGAAAUGGCGAGCUACUCUACUCAGUCGCCAAGUUCGGAUGCAUUUCAUUGCAAUGCAAUACUAUGCUACAGUGGUUCAGCAGAAAUUUCGUGCUACAAAACAAAUGCGCAUCGAUCGAGAGAAUUAUCUACAUUUACGGACUUGUGUUGUAAAUAUUCAAAGACGGUUUCGUGCUAAACUGUUAAUGCGCAGGGCAUAUCGCGAAUAUCGAGCCAAAGUAAUUGCCAUACAAACCAUACAAAGUCGUUUUCAUGCUUACAAGAAAAUGCGCUAUCUACGAGCCAAGUAUCAAGGUACACGCGCAGCUGUCUUAUGCAUUCAAGAACAUUUCCGAAAUUACCUGCAAAUGAAAGAAGACCGUCAGAAGUAUUUGAAAUUCCGACAGGCAGCUAUAAGUAUACAACGUGCCUAUCGUACAUAUCGUAUAAUGAAAAUGCAACAAGGUAACUAUCAACAAAUGAAACAGGCCGCUAUUUGCAUCCAACGAAGAUAUCGGGCCACCUUAGCCAUGCGUGCCCAACGCAAGGAAUACUUACGCCAGCGUUCUCUAAUCAUUGCCAUACAAUUGCGCUACAAAGCCACUCUCUUAGCACGCCAAAUCCGUCAACAAUAUCUGUACCAGAGAUCUCUUAUAAUACAGGUACAAAGACGUUUUCGGGCCAAAAAACAAAUGGAAAUCGAAUCGAAGCGUUACGCGUAUGUUCGAUCCCAAGUCAUUUGUAUACAAACUCAUUUCCGUUUAUAUCUACAAAUGAAACAACAGCAAAAUGCCUAUAAAACCCAACGUUUGGCAGCUAUAAAAAUACAACGAUGGUAUCGGUCAAUUCUAGAAAUGAGGCAAAAACAGGGCUGCUAUAAACGUUUGCGAACGUCAAGUCUUACCAUCCAAAGAAAAUGGAGAGCAACUCGGCAGGCACGCGAACAGCGAAAACUCUUCCUUAAAACUGUACAAAAAAUUAUCCUGUUACAAAGGGUUGUUAGGGCGACUAUACAAAUGCGCAGAGUUCAGGCCGAAUAUCAACGACAGCGACAAGCUGCCAUUGUUAUACAGCGGCGUUUUAGGGCACACCGUGAAAUGCUACAAAUACGUUCACAAUAUCAGUUAAUACGUUCUCUUAUCAUUUGCAUACAACGCAAAUUUAGAGCUAAUCGUGAAAUGCUUCGUGUCCGCUACGAUUUCAUUCUGUUGCGAAAGACAACCAUACACCUGCAACAGAAAUAUCGUGGUCGCGUGUUGAUGCGUGAACAACGUGAACAUUUUCUCCAGCUCAAAAACAAUAUUGUCGACUUUCAGGCUCAUGCACGUGGUCUAUUGGCACGUCGCCGUUAUCAAGCUCUCAUGACACCAGAAAUGAAAGAGUUAUUGCGCCAAAAGAAAGCUGCCAAAAUCAUUCAACGUUUCUGGCGCGGUUAUCGAAUUCGUAAACGUUAUCACAAUGCCCGCAUCAAGACCAUACGUAAAAAUAUUGCCGCCCUCAAGGAAUCGACGAAUACUGUGAAUACUAUACGUUUUAAGGUUCAGGAUGCUGUACGUAUAUUAAGAGGCAGAUUUAGUGCAUCGGAGGCAUUAAAUGUUUUAGUUCGCUUGGAUCGUAUUUCUCGUACUGUUCCACAUCUCUUAAUGUGCCGUUCGGAUUUCAUUUCCACAUUCUGCUAUGGCAUUAUGGCACAGGCCAUACGGUCCGAAGUCGAUAAGCAACUGAUUAUGUAUUGCAGCCGCAUCAUUUUGAAUUUGGCUCGUUAUAACAGUACGACCGCGAAUACAUUCCAAGAAGGUGGCCUGGUCACCAUUGCACAAAUGCUGCUGCGUUGGUGCGAUAAAGAUUGUGAGAUUUUCAAUACGCUGUGCACACUUAUAUGGAUAUUUGCCCAUUGUCCGGUCAAGCGUAAGAUUAUACGUGAUUUCAUGACCACCACAGAUGCCAUUUACAUGGUAAGGGAAACGAAAAAGCUGGUUGCGCGCAAGGAGAAAAUGAAACAAAAUGUACGCAAGCCAGUUGCGGUAGCAAUUACACAACGUGGCAUGGGAUCACAGCAACAAAACUUUUCAAGUCGUGCCUUACCUAGUUUGGAGCCAGAUUAUGGUGUUAUACGCAAUAAGCCAUAUACCUUCAUUUCGUCGGUGUAUGCCUUCGAUACAAUAUUGUAUAAAUUGGGAAUUGAUAUAUUCUAAGUGAUUUUUAAAUACCCAUCUCUU